AUGCCCGACCUAAGACUGGCCCUCCUCCGGACCCGUGACUCGCGCCCUCCCUACCGGUGGUUCUGCAUCGGGCCGAAGCGGUCCGGCACCACGGUACACAACCCCCUCGGCACAGCGGCGUGGAACGCGGUGACCCACGGCACCAAGCGCUGGGUUCUCUUCGAGCCGAAGGAGAACAAGAGGGUGGUGACAGGCAAGGACCUUCGUGUCAAGGGGGAGGACGACGAGGCGAUCAUGUACUUCGACUUCCUGCUGCCGCGGAUCAAGCAGGCGCAUCCAGACCUCAGGGUGUACGAGGGCCUGCAGGGCCCGGGCGACGUGAUCUUCGUCCCGGGGGACUGGUGGCACGGCGUGCUGAACCAGGAGGACUGCGUCGCGGUGACGCAGAACUACUGCGGGGCGGACAACUUCGAUCAGGUCUGGUGCAGGACCAGGCGGGAGCGCGAGAAGGUGGCUUACCUCUGGCUGCGGAACAUGCGGAAGUUCGCCCCGGAGCUCCACCGGCGGGCUUUGAGCCUCAACCGGCGGGACGGCUUCCGCAUGAGGCACGAGCGGCCCGUCGGCCAGCGGCUCUCCGACGCCUCCAGCUCCAGCAGCGAGUCGAGCAGCGACUCCUCGAGCGACGAGGCCGCGGACGUCGACGACCGGGGCUUGCGGGGCGUGGCUCGCGUGGGCGCCGCGCUGGGGCCCGCGGCCUUUUGCCGCCAGGGGGCGGGGCGGCCGGCGCGGGCCGUCACGCCCGAACGUCAGGCGCGGGGGCCGGUCGCG